AUGAGCAACUGGAACAACGGCCCCCAGGGCACACAGCAGCACCAGCCCCCGCCAUCACCCUCCCAACCACGGAUCCCCCUGGGCGGCAGCUACAGCAGCAGCAGCAGCGUGGGCAGCCGCCGCGCGGACCGCAACGAGGCACUGGAGGCGAAGCUCAGGCAGAUGUCGCUCCCCCUCGCGCCGCUCGUCCAGCUGACGAGCGGGCAGGUCCACCCUAGCUUCCCGCCGACGCUGCUCAACUUCUGGCUCCUGACGGACGCUCAGCUGGACGAGAUCGCGCACUUCUACCACCAGCGGACGCCGUGCCAGUGGACGCGGCACUAUCCGUGCCCCAUAACCUGGGAGGAAGGGCUGGGCAUCGAGGAGAAGCGGAGGAAGAUCGGGAAGUUCAUCGGGCUUAGAGGCACCGAGGACGAAAUCAUGGAGGAAGCCAGACAAGCCAGAAUGAGGGAAGACGAGGACGAGGCAGCGAGGAGGAAGUUACCGUGGUAUCGGUAG